ACACACACACACAUAUACAUAUCUAUUAGCACGCCUGAAGCUACUUCAUUUGAGUGUCAGUCUCAUCGUCUCCAGAAUUGUUGAAUAAAAUAUAUUAUACAGACUCGCUGUAAACAACGACCUUCAGAGCCACAGGAGAGACCAAACACAGCCCGCAACCAUCAGAUUCAGUGCUAUGUCUGUCAAACUGAAGGACACCCUGAAAGAUGAAAACCAGAUCAAACGUUUAGAGGAGAUAGCAAAAGACUCAGCGCUGCUACAUGGAGUGUUGAUGCGGACCAAAGACAUGCCAAACUCUCCUGAAGUGGUGAGCUAUGCACCAUUCACGUUGUUUCCCACACCGGUGCCCACAGCACUCUUUCAUCAGGCACUGGCAGUGCAGACACAGUUUAACCGCUUGGUGGACCGAGUCAGCCAGAAUCACAGCUUUCUAGAGGACACACUGGCCAGCACCAUCAAAGUUGACGAAUUUACAGCCAGACUUUUCAACAUAUGCAAACAAGUUCAGCGGGAGGGCCAUGCUCAGAAAAUAGUAGUGGGUCUGAAUCGCUCAGACUACAUGUUGGACCACAAUCCAGACGGUCGAACAUCUCUAAAGCAGAUUGAAAUCAACACUAUUGCUGCAAGUUUUGGUGGUCUUGCUUCACGAACACCAGAUGUCCAUCGACACAUUCUGAAGGUGGCAAACCUGCCAGACGAGUGCAGUCUUGUUCUCGACAACAACCCAGCAGCAGGUCUGGCCAAAGGUCUGGCCAAGGCCUGGGAGCUUUACGGAUCCAAGAGGGCUGUGGUUUUGUUUCUGGUUGAGAAUGUACAGAGGAAUAUUUAUGACCAUCGAUAUGUGGAGAACGAGCUGUGGAAAAGAAAUAUACCUGUAAUAAGAAGACAGUUUGAAGAUGUUUACAGGACUGGAUCUUUGGAUGAAAGCAAGAGGCUUUUCGUAGAUGGCCAUGAGAUUGCCAUUGUCUACUUCCGAAAUGGAUACAUGCCUCAAAACUACACAUCAGAGCAGAGUUGGGAGGUGCGUCUGAUGAUGGAACGCUCCGUUGCGGUGAAAUGUCCAGAUAUCAGCACUCAUCUCGCCGGUACUAAGAAGGUCCAGCAGGAAUUGGCUCGGCCAGGUGUUUUGGAGCGCUUUUUCCCUGACGAACCCGAAACAGUUGCUCAGAUCCGGGCCACUUUUGCUGGACUAUACACGUUGGACAUGGGGGAAGAAGGUGAUAAAACGGUAGCAAUGGCUUUGACCAAUCCAGAUCAGUAUGUGCUGAAGCCUCAGAGGGAGGGAGGAGGUAACAACAUAUACGGCAAUGAGAUCUGUGAGGUGUUGGAGAAGCUGAAGAACUCCAGUGAGAGAACAGCCUACAUCCUAAUGGACAAGAUCCAGCCCAUCCCGGUCCAGAACAUCCUGCUCAGACCCGGAGCUCCUCUGAAAGUCAGCUCUUGUCUCAGUGAACUGGGUGCAUUCGGGGUGUACGUCAGGAAAGGCAGUGAAUUGGUGUUGAAUGAGUGCGUUGGUCAUCUUCUGAGGACCAAGAGCUCGGAGCAUGCAGAUGGCGGCGUCGCUGCAGGAGUAGCAGUGCUGGACAAUCCACUGCUGGUCUGAACCACAGCGCCACAAGCUGGACUGGAGGAGAAACACAUAUGACUGACAUUGGGGGAUUCAGCCCAAAUCAAUGCAUUUCUACCUGAGAUCUGUUUUAUCAAAUGUUUAGAGUUGAUUAUCGUCUAUUGAUGAAGUAAUCAAUCAGUCAUGACUGAACUAUUCAUUUUCUUAAUAUGUUUUAUACCUCAUUCAAAGGGGGUAUCUGUUGAAGUUUAGCUUUUAAUGUUUUAUAAAUGGUAAUUUUAUUAAUGCUUUUUUGGAUGGUAACAGAUGUUAUCAACCCUCUGGUGUUGUUCAUUUAGCUGUCACACUUGUGUUGUUCACUGUCAAAACAGACUGGAGACAAUAGUCCUAUAUAGUCAGAAAUUUACCCAAUAAUUUAAUGAUAUUUCUUUUUUUAUUCUUUGAAAAAAGGCAAACAUAAAUAGUCAUGAAAGACAUAUUACAUGCAAUGGAUGUAUAUUUAAUAUAAUUUGACAUAAUUCACUCAUAUAUUCUAUUGUAAACUUUAUUUCACACAAAAUUUGAAAUUUACAUCCAAAAUUUUCACAUAUAAAAAAAAAUUAAUACGACCUAACGUUGUGUAUUUACACACUGCCUCCAAAACUUUCCUGUCAUAAAAAAAAAAAAAAAAUAUUAUUAUUAUAUAUAUAUUUUUUUUAAUUUUUCACAUACGUAAAAACCUUUUAGAGAGGUGUUUGACCAUUCAGAGCUAAAACACGAGCGAAAGCCAAAAUCCAAAAUGAGAGAGAGGAACAAACAUUACUACUUGAAUUGACUCCAAACUUUUUUCAGGUUUUUUUUUUCUUUCUAGCAAUGAAUAAGUUAAUAUGCAUCAGACUCUAUGUGAAAGGUUUCUGUGCUUGACAUUUAUUUCAGAUGGAAAUACGGAAAAAAACGCAAAUGCAAAUUUUCAGACUUCAGACCUUUACUCAGUAUUAAAAAGAGUUAAGAGUUAUUUAAUAGAGAUGGAAGCAUCAUUAUUUACACACACACACACACGCACACACAAAAUAUAUGUGUAUGUAUGUAUGUGUAUUAUAUGUCUGAGGAGAAAAUGGCUUUGAAACUAAACUGUCAGUUGUUUAAGUUAAACUCGCAAACUUGCCGUUUCUCAUUGAGCCGCACUGAAGUUUAUAUAUCUCUGGAAAUGACUGUUAACGCCCAAAUUAUCAUAGGAUAUAGAGGUUACAGCCAUGAAAAGAUGUAACUUUUUCUGUUUUAUAAUGUCCCCAUUUGCUAAAGUACGAUAAAGAUGUCUUUACUAACUGUCAAGUGUGUUAAAAAGAAAAAUAGCACAGAAUAGCCAUCUUUCUAAAGUAAUUUUUAAACCCCUGUUACUUGGCUCCAAAUCUCAGGUGAAAAUUAAUAUUUAAUAUUAAUAUAAUGGAAACAGUUGUGAAUUAGUCUCAGGGUUGCCAGGUUUUCGCAAAGAAACUACCCCGAUGGCCAAUAAAACUAUCUGUGUAAAUCAAAAACUCAAAAUAUUCCACCGCAAAUAUGUAGAAUACAUAUUUUACAUAUACAUGGUUGUAUAUUAAUAUUACAAUUAUUCUUUUUCAUAAAUAAAGUUAGCAACACAUCUCUGUUACUUUUGAAAUGUCAGUCAUGGCGUAGUGUCUUCUUUGGAGCCUUUGGACCUCACAAAACUGUGCUUGCUUACCCUGUUUCAACGUCCCAGUAGUUGAUCAUAGGUAGGAUAUAUAUUUGGUAGAGUGUAAUUGGUGCAAACCCAUAAUAUCGAACCCAUAAGUUAACAAAUGGAAGAAAAGAAAACAGUGCCAAGUGGGUUAAAAGUAGCCCAAUUCCACUGGAAAACCAUGCACUUGGCAACCCUAACUACAUCCAUGACACACAUUUUGGCUUCCUUUACUAUUUAUGUUUGCGUUGAACAAAUACUGGACCAAAUUAUGGACCAUUUAUAUGUGUAUUUGAGUUUGCUGUUUGUUGCUUUUUAUGUGUGUAUCAUUGUUGAUUUGUAGAUUGUUUCCCCCUUCCUCCAUUCACAAUAUUCAUAAAAUGCUUAGUACCAUUUUGAAGGUUAGGGUUUUUAAAAAUGUUUUUCAUUUAACUUUUCUAAAAUGAUUGAACAACACCAGAGAGUUUAAUUUCGCUGACAACAUUUUCAUGGUAACCAAGAUCCAUUGCCAAACAUAACCAGAAUGAUCACGAUUAGCCAAGAAUAAAGCGUAAGUGUGUUUAAUAUGCA